ACAUUUUCUCACUUUAAAAAGCGAUAAACAAAAAACAAAAAAUUAUAAAACAAAAUUCGAAAUCUCAAUUUCUAUGCUAAACUCAAAAAACUCAACUCCCCAUAACGAACAAAAGACCAAUUUCUCUCUUUUUCCGCCAUUCUUAUACCUUGAAACUUUAUAUACACACAGUACUACACGCAAAUACACACAUAGAGGGAAAAAGUGAGUUUUGCAUUCGGGUUGUGGAAAAAAUGGACGGCGGUGAUGUUACGGUGGAAGGGAAGGUGACGUGUGCAUCAUGGAUCAAACGGCCUGAAAACGCGCAUCUGGUGGUGAUUGCUAAGUCUAACGGAACUUCCUCCUCUUCGCUCGAGAUUUUCUCCUUCGAUCCCAUCACUACUUCUCUUUCUACUUCUCCCAAGGCGACAUAUGUAUUUGAGGAAAGUGGUAAUGCGGUGUGCAUUGCAGUACAUCCAACUGGGGAUGACUUUGUGUGCUCCACUACCACUGGUUGCAAGUUGUUUGAGUUAUAUGGUCAUGAAGAUAAUAUAAAAUUUGUAUGCAAGGAGUUUCCUCUCAAAGAUGUUGGUCCACAAAAAUGCAUGGCCUUUAGUGUUGAUGGUUCCAAAUUAGCCACUGGCGGAGUUGAUGGACAUUUCAGACUUUUUGAGUGGCCUACCAUGCGCAUUAUUGUGGAUGAACCUAAAGCUCACAAGUCAUUCAGAGACAUGGAUUUCAGCUUAGAUUCAGAGUUCAUAGCUUCCACAUCCACAGAUGGUGCUGCCAGAAUAUGGAAGACGAGCGACGGUGUUCCAGUAACUUUAACACGAAAUUCAGAUGAGAAUAUUGAGCUCUGCAGGUUCUCUAAAGACGGUACAAAACCGUUUUUGUUCACUACUAUUCAGAAAGGCAAUAAGACAUUGAUGGCAGUUUGGGACAUCAGUACAUGGAAGAAAAUUGGACAUAAAAGCCUGUUAAAAAAGCCAGCUUCCAUUAUGUCAAUUAGUUUGGAUGGGAAAUAUCUUGCAUUGGGAAGCAAAGAUGGUGAUGUCUGUGUUAUUGAAGUGAAAAAUAUGGAGAUCUCCUCUUUGCACAGGAGAGUGCACUUGGGUACUAAUAUUACUUCUUUGGAGUUUUGUCCUAGUGAAAGGGUUGCUCUUACAACUUCCUCUCAAUGGGGAGCAAUGGUGACAAAGUUAAAUGUCCCAGCUGAUUGGAAAGAGUGGCAGAUUUAUCUAUUACUCUUGGGAUUAUUUUUGGCAUCGGCUGUCUUAUUUUACGUAUUCUUCGAGAAUUCUGAUUCUUUCUGGAACUUUCCCGAUCCAUCUGCAAGACCAAAGAUUGAGACUGUCCAUACAGAUCCAACAUCUGAUGACUGGAGCAGCUUUGGACCUGUAGAUUUGUAAGUUAUCAUAGCCUUGUCUGGAACUAAGGAUGGCCAACAUGAAGAAAGAUUGUGAAACAAGUCUAUUUUUUAAGCUUUUAAUAUGUAUACCUUCUAAUUUAUGAGAAGUUUGAGGCUAAUAUUGCCUUUUUGAAUGCUAAUUUUUCUAAGAUUUAUUUACUCUUAGUAGAAAAAAUUGUUACAGCAUACUAUAGGUUGUUUUAGUGUGGCAAGUUUUAAAAAAGUCCAUUUUAAAUUGAA